CCAGGUCUGGAGUAACAUGUUGCGAUGUUAUCAGAGUCGCCUGGCAGCGUUGUUUUGCACACGAAUAGUCCCCAUUGGACAUUGUACGACAAGUCCCUGUAAAUCGGUAAUACAGGAAAUAAACAUUUCUUGUUCUUCUUGUGCGAAUGAUCGGCUUAUAUAUUUGCUAAUUAUUCGAGACCAGGAGGCGAUUUGUAGCGAACUCCUUUAAUGACCCCGUUUUCGGUUUUCGUUUUUCGUUCCUGACGUAACAUACCUUGUGGCUGUGAACAUAACCACGCACUAAUCAUUCUUCGACGAUCCGUGGAUUUCCCGUUGCUUUAUUAGAAUACGCAGUCGUCAAAGGGUGAAGGCUAUGGAUGCGAAGUGGACUGGAAAGGGAUAUUGUGCUCUUAAAUUAUGAACUACGUUUUAAUAGCUAUUUUUUUCCUUCAGUGUUGUUGUCAAGUUCUGGCAGCUCUUCCUGCUCCUGUCAACAUAACCGUGGAAUCUGUCAACUUCGAGCACAGCCUGCGAUGGGACCCUGGGCCUGGAACGCCCCCAGAAACCACCUACAGGGUCCGGUACAGCCGUGACAGUAAGCAGAUGCAGACACUACAUGUCCCAGACUCCUCUGCGGCUGUGGUGAAACAGACCCUGCAGAACUGCACUCAGGACGUCUUAGAAUUGUGCACCAUCGAAGUGCGGGCCGUUCACCGUAACAGAAAGUCCGAAUGGAGAAAAAAGGAAUUCACCCCCUUUACAGACACUCUCUUAGGUCCUCCAGAAGUGACCGUGUCAGGCUGCGGUGAUUGCCUCAACUUAACCGUCACACUCCCCAGAGGAAAAGCGGAGCUGUCCAUCUCCCAGAUCUACCAUGUCUUCACCUACCGCAUUUUCUGGAAACACGCUACAGAGAAAAAGGUGUGGAACACGAGCACAACGAAGAACAGCCUGGUGCUGCAGAAUCUGGAGCCAGCGGCGCAGUACUGCGUGCAGGUGCAGCUGCAGGUCAACACCAAUAAGCACACGCUGCCCUCAGGCUGGGUCUGUGCUUUCACUAGCCCCAGGAGCCAGAGGCCAGUCCUCAUCAUCCUGGCCUGUGUCUCUGGCCUCCUGAUCCUGGGAGGGCUGGUCCUGGUGGGCCUCAUCCAUACUGGGGUCCUGUGUACGCUGAAGACCAAGCUGCCCAGAGUGAUGUAUCUGGCGGAGGCGCAUUCUUACUACUACUUUUAUGUAGAGGAGACCACGCCCGACACUGUCAUCUGUGAUUCUGGGUGCAGAAAGAAGGGGGGUGGGGCGGUGGCUCAGGAACCGAGACGCUGUUCAAAUGAAGCGGAGGAGGAGGACGAUGAAGAAGAGGAGGACAACGCGGGCGACAGCGUCUAUGUGAACCGUAUGGCAGGGCACCUCGAGGGGACAAGCUCUGGCACGGCGUCCCACGAUACAACAGGCUCCUUCUCCACCGCUGCCACCGCCCUCUCCACCGCAGAGAGUUCUGGGAAUUCUGGGGUUGCGGGUGAAGAGCCGGAGUGGGCGGAGCCACCUGGAGGAGAUGGGAUUUUGGGUUUGAGCGAAGGAGGUGGAGAGCGACAGAAAAAUCUGGGCGAAACAAUGGAUGGGGACACAGACCCGGGCGAGGACGUGAACCUGCUGUCUGUGGUGCUAUGGGCGGUGGACGGCCAGGGUGUGGCAGAGGAUCAGACUGGGGGGUUGUGGGGCUGGCAGCCACCACUUCUGUCCACAGGAAGUGGAGACCGGCCGGCAAUGCUGGGCGCAGACAGACGGGCUGACAGCCCAGAACUCAUACAUGCAGCCCCCCUACUGACCCUCCCAGACUGUGAACAAACUGAUACACACUCACACUACUUGCAGACACACGCAAACUGGAAGGAGGUGGUAGAAGAGGAGGAGGAAGAGGAAGAGGAGGAGGAGUGUUCAGACUACAUGAGACGUUAGCUGUCACUUGUGCCCAGUUACCUGAUUGUGUGUGUGUACUGUGUGUGGGUGUGCAUAUGUAUGAGGGGUGAUGUGUACCACAAGGUGAUUCACAAGAAUGAUUUACCCAGUUAAAGGAAAAGGAAUGACUUCAUGCUGUGACUUGUGCAGACAAAGUGCCAGCUGCAUAUGAAAUGUGAGUGUGUGUGCGCAUGUGCGUGUGUGUGUGUGUGAGUGUAAGUUCGUAUGUGUGUGCAUGUGCGUGCGUGUGUGUGUAAAUGUGUGUGUGUGUGUGAGUGUGUGUUCAUAUGUGUGUGUGGGUGUGUGUGUGAAGCUGAUGUGUACCAAGAGAGCAUGAUUCACCCAGUUAAAGGACUAAUAACUGUAUAUUGUGCCAUGCUCCCAUUCCUUCACCCUGAGAUCUAUGCAGACAAAGUGCCAGCUGCAUAUAAAAUGUGUGUGAAAGGCUCUCAGAGUCACUUCUCCCUCCCCCCACACUAGAGGAAGUGGAAACGCUAGCGUUUCAAAAAAAAGACACCAGUGGCAUUGAGCUGACCAGGCUGUUCAAGAUCGUGAGAACAGAGCUAUCUCUCUGUAAAGGAAGUAUCAGUGUACUUAUGCCUUUCAUAAUGGGAAACAUUUCAUAUUUGUUCACAUUUCAUCUUGUGGCAUUUUUUUAUUGAUCAGAACCAUUGGUGCUUUUUCCCCUUCAGCAGGCCUUAGAGGAAUUAUUCUAAUUGCCAAGGGCAAUUAACCAUGAAAAUAAUAUUAUAGGAAUUAAUUAAUUACAAAGGCAAAAAUCAAUUCAUAGCUAUACAAAUAAACACAAAGAUUACCAAAGACAGUUAUAUUUUCAUGACUUUUAUAUCUUUCUUGUAUUAUUUUGUGUAAAUGAGCUCAUGAGUACUUGAUUGCUUUAGUGUUUAGCUUUAAUUUUUGACAUGCAUUUGUCAGGGUGACUGCAACCACAUUGUCCCAUAAAGGCUUCUGACUCAAAUUUCUGGGAUCAAGUGCUUGUAUUGUAACAAUUAUAAGAAAAUGUGUAACAAAAUGUGGCAUCAUCAUCUAAUGCUUGUAUUUUUGUGGAUAAAUAUGUCAUUAUUGUUUUUAUUUUGAGAAGGGCACAGAUUGAGAUUGGUUUACUUUCUCAUGACAGGACCUGAAUAAGUAUGUUUGAAUAAAAAGUAAGGUUUUGGGGAAAAAAA